AUGGCUGGGAUUUUAGAAAAACCUAACAGAGUCAUAGAGAAUCAAAAGUAUUUCCAAGCUCACGUUAAUCAACCUCUUUGGCUUCGUGGAAGUCCUGCUAGAAGAGUUUUUGUAUCCCUGUACUUUGGUAUGGUUGGAGUUGGUUUGUUAGGCUCUACGUAUAUGAUGUUUGCCAAAUUGAUUCCGGGCAAAAAAUAA